CUUAUUUGGUCGCGCCGAUUUAAAGUCAGGCACGACAGCUACGUAGAACGCGGCGUGCAAAAGACCCAAGCCAACAAACGUUUCAGGAGUCAGCAGAGAUAGCCUACAGGUCAGUAAUAGGGGAAUACGAUGGAGCUCAUCAUCAAAGACCUAAAUGGAAAAAUGCAGGUUGUGAAUGUGUUGCCAAGUACCACCAUUGGUGAACUCAAGCAACAAAUUGCCACUCUCUUUGGGGCAACAGCCUCAUGCCUGAGGCUUUCAGACAGUAGUGGUCAGAUCCUAGACGAGCUUCAGAAGACAGUGAGUGAUUACGGUCUGAGCUCAGGAUCCACUCUGAUCCUACUGAUCUCCACGACCCCCGUGCCGUUUCAGGUUUUCGUGAAGAAUGAGAAGGGACAGAUAAAAACAUACAACAUCACGGAUGAUGAGACCGUUGAUCAGCUGAUGGCAGAGAUCUGCCAGAUAGAAGGAGUACCAGUGGACCAGCAGCGGCUGAUCUACAACGGCCAACAGCUCAAGUCUGGCAGGAAGCUGAAGGAUUACAACAUUAUUUCUGGAAGCACCAUUUAUAUGACCCUCCGUCUGCGUGGAGGCUGA